UUUUGCUCAUUUUUUGUUCGGUGGACUGUCGACCAGGAGCAGCAGGAGCAGCAGCAACGGAGAAAGUGGAGAGAGAGGAGUAAGGACAAAAAGAAUCCCGGAGAAACCCCCGCUGAUCUGGAUUAAUCUAGAACGCGUCCGCGUGUCUCGACAGGUUUUCUCCAUCGUUGUUAUAUCGGCAAGGAUGGCAAUGCAAAUGUCUGAGGCCGAGAGUGGCCGAGUGAAGGUAGAGAACUGGCAAGAGACGAUGUAUGGCAUCGACUCGGGCAUCCAGUCCGGAGCCAACACCUUCAGAGACGACGACUACACCAGCUCCAAGCACUACACCAUGACCACCACUGUCACGUCUGACCAGCCCGAUGUGGAUGCCCACUACACUAGAGCCCAGCGGGUGCGGGCCGCCAUGUUCCCAGAGACGCUGGAGAGCACCACCACCAUCCUGUCGACCCAGACGGACCCGUCCCAGAUGACCAACGUCCAGCGGCUGGCAGAGCCCUCCCAGAUGCUGAAGACCGCAAUCGUCCAUCUGAUCAACUACCAGGACGAUGCGGAGCUGGCCACGCGCGCCGUGCCGGAGCUCACCAAACUGCUCAACGAUGAAGAUCAGGUGGUGGUCAGCAAGGCAGCACAGAUUGUCAACCAGCUUACCAAAAAGGAGGCGUCGCGGCGUGCGCUGAUGCAGUCCCCUCAGAUGGUGGCGGCGGUGGUGCGGGCGAUGCAGAACACCAGUGACAUGGAGACGGCGCGGGCCACGGCCAGCAUCCUCCACAACCUGUCCCACCAGAGAGAGGGCCUGCUCUCCAUCUUCAAGUCUGGAGGCAUUCCUGCUUUGGUCCGCAUGCUCAGCUCUCCCAUGGAGUCUGUGCUCUUCUACGCCAUCACCACGCUCCACAACCUGCUGCUGCACCAGGAAGGAGCUAAGAUGGCCGUUCGCCUGGCCGACGGCCUGCAGAAGAUGGUUCCCCUGCUGAAGAAGAGCAACCCCAAGUUCCUGGCCAUCACCACGGACUGUCUUCAGCUGCUGUCUUACGGCAACCAGGAGAGCAAGCUGAUCAUCCUUUCCAACGGGGGUCCUGAGGGUCUUGUUCACAUCAUGAGAAGCUACAGCUAUGAGAAGCUGCUGUGGACCACAAGCCGUGUGCUCAAAGUUCUCUCUGUGUGCCCCAGCAACAAGCUCGCCAUUGUAGAGGCCGGUGGGAUGCAGGCUCUGGGGCAGCACCUCACGGGCUCCAGCCAGCGUCUGAUGCAGAACUGUCUGUGGACCCUCAGGAACCUCUCUGAUGCUGCCACCAAGCAGGAGGGCAUGGACAGCCUUCUGCAGAUGCUGGUGGGCCUGCUCGGUUCGGACGACCUCAACAUGCUCACCUGCGCCACCGGCAUCCUGUCGAAUCUCACGUGCAACAAUGCCAACAACAAAACUCAGGUCACCCAGGGCAACGGCGUCGAGGCGCUGAUCCACGCGAUAUUGCGUGCUAGUGAGAAGGAGGAUGUGACCGAGCCUGCUGUUUGCGCUCUGCGCCACCUGACAUCCCGCCACCAGCAGGCUGAGGUGGCACAGAACGCUGUGAGGAGACACUACGGCAUCCCCGCCAUCGUCAAGCUGCUCAACCCACCCUACUACUGGCCCGUCAUCAAGGCCGUGGUCGGCCUGAUCCGCAACCUGGCCCUGUGCCAGGAGAACCAGGCCCCUCUGAGGGACGCUGGAGUAAUGCCCCGUCUGGUCAACCUGCUGGUCAAAGCCCACCAGGACGCCCAGAAACAUGGUUCAUCCUCCCAACAGACAUACCAGGAUGGAGUGAGGAUGGAGGAGAUCGUGGAGGGCGCCACAGGAGCGCUGCACAUCCUGGCAAGAGAUCCCAACAACAGAGCAGAGAUCGCCAACCUGCAGACCAUCCCUCUGUUUGUUCAGCUGCUCUACUCUCCAGUGGACAACGUAAAGCGCGUGGCAGCGGGCGUCCUGUGCGAGCUGGCCCUGGACAAACCGUCAGCCGAGCUCAUCGACGCCGAGGGGGCGUCUGCGCCGCUGAUGGACCUGCUGCACUCCAACAACGAGGGCAUCGCUACCUACGCUGCAGCUGUGCUCUUCCGCAUCUCUGAGGACAAGAACUCCGACUACAAGAAGCGAGUGUCUGUGGAGCUCACGCACUCUCUGUUCAAGCACGACCCCGCUUCCUGGGAGAUGGCCCACAACAGCAUUCCCAUGGAAGGACCCUAUGCAGAUGAGCUGGAUGGUUUCCCAGCCUACGCAGGGUACGCUGCUGACAUGCCCAUGGACGGCAUGGAUGGAGUGAUGAUGCAGGAGAAUUACCCGUCCAGCAUGACCUUCGACAGACAAGCAUACUGAAUAUCAACGAACCUGAGGAGACGCGUGUGGAAAAGGAAGCGGAGGAGCUGAAACGGGACAUACUGGGACAAAGAAGAGAAUAAAGGCGUCUGUAGAGAUUCUUCCCUCUGCUCUCUGCCUGAUGUAAUAUAUGCAAUUAGUGUAUGAGUGUGGGACUCAUAAUCUUAACAGGGCUCAGCUUUGUUUUAAAGCAUAAUUUUACUGAUUAUAACUUUGACGAUGCUUGUAGGUUUCUGUUAGAGAACCUUUUUAAAGAGUGUGUGCGUGCGUAUGUGAGUGUCUGUGUGUUUACGCUUUUGGGUGGGUAUUCUAUGCCAAAGAGAUUUUAUUUUGUGAUGAUGAUCUUGUAGCUUCCUUAUUUUCUUUUUCUUUCUUUUUUUAUUUUCUAAAGAAAAAUGGAAAAAAAACAAGAAAAAAAAAACGACGAGCGUAAUAGUUAAACACUGCCAGUGGAGGCUCAACGUGCACGAUGCACCUGCUCGCCGCUGUCGUUUCUUCCUUCACGCCUUUGUAACAGUCACAGCGGUCUGCGACGUAGCUCGGACACUAUAUGCUGUCAAAUCUUCCGUCGUGAGGAGCUAAUUCAGUAGGUUCAGUUCAGCAGGGCUGCUCUCCUCUCCCACCCGUGUAAUCAUGUAAUAUACAAGUUUAUUCACAACCAGAAUAUCGGCAAUGAUGUCUUUUUGUUAUGAAGAGUUUAGAGAAAAGAUUUGUCUGUGGAAUCAUUUCAGAAACAGGAAUCCGUUAAACUACUGGAUCCCUUAGUCGACAGGUGAGAUGGUGUAGUUGGGGACAGCUGGAGCAAACUACGGACAGGGAAAUUUGUCUUUCUACUUACCAAGAGUUUUUACUGAAAUUUUGUUUAAUAAAAAUAAAGGAUCUAUUAAACCCCAAA